AUGCUGGAGAAUCCUUCGGAGGAUGACGAGGAGAUGGCUGGGGAUGUGUAUACUUAUUAUCUUUACGAGGGUGUUGAUGUCGGGCAUGGAGGAUUUCGUGGUGUGCCAGGGAGCAGGUCUUUCAUUGAGGGGCUGCAGCGUUUGCCAUAUGGUCGAGGAGACGGUGUUCGAGAGGAGGAGUGUGCGAUAUGCUUGAUGGAGUUUGAUGCUCAGGCGGAGGUGAGUAAGAUGCCCUGCUCCCACGCCUUCCACAGUCGAUGCAUCGUCCAGUGGCUGGAGAGGAGCUGCCUCUGCCCUCUCUGCAGAUCCCAAGCGCCCACGGAUAAUUCCAGUUGA